UUUUUUAAAUCACAAACAAAUGAUCAAAUUUGAUGGUUUUGGAUGAUUCUUUGAUUCACUUGUGUUUUUUAUCCAGUGUCCAUUCAUAUAACUAAACAGAAUUCAUAAUGAGUUUUUUCGGUAAUCCAACACCGGGAACAUCGACUUCGUUGUUUUCCACCCAGAAUACAAUUGGAUCAUCAACAAUGUUCAAUGUUCCCGGGACGAAUACAUCGUCGGCACCAUUUGGAUCAUCCGUUGUACAGACUGGUGCUCAUAAUCCAAAUAAAGAUAUUGAAGUUUCAUCAUCACCAGAUGAUUCAAUAGCUGGUUUGGCAUUUUCACCACCAACAUUAUCACAAAAUUUUCUAGUUUCUGGAUCAUGGGAUAAUCAAAUUCGUUGCUGGGAAGUAAUAGGCACAACGAAUGCAUGGCAAACAAUUCCCAAAGCUCAACAAGCACAUGCAGGUCCUGUGUUGGAUGUUCGUUUCAGUGAUGAUGGUACCAAAGUAUUUUCAGCUUCUGCUGAUAAAACAGUAAAAAUGUGGGAUCUAGCUUCGAAUCAACAGAUGCAAGUUGCACAACAUGAUCAGCCCGUUAAAACAUGUCAUUUCAUCAAGGCACCAAAUUAUACAUGUUUAAUGACAACAAGUUUUGAUAAAACAAUCAAGCUUUGGGAUCUUCGUCAAGCACAGCCAGUAAUGACUGUACAAUUAAGUGAUAAAGUUUUCUGCGCUGACGUCCUCUAUCCAAUGGCUGUCGUAUCAUUGGCUAAUCGUGCCAUUCUAGUAUAUUCAUUGGAAAAUGGUUUACAACAAUUUAAACAGAUUGAAUCACCAUUAAAAUAUCAACAUCGUUGUGUAUCGAUUUUUACGGAUAAAGAUAAACCGAAUAAUCCACCUACCGGUUUUGCUGUUGGUAGUGUUGAAGGUCGUGUCGCUAUCCAAUAUCUGAAUCCAACGAAUCCUAAAGAUAAUUUUACAUUUAAAUGUCAUCGAUCCAAUGGUACGAAUACAAAUUUUCAAGAUGUUUUCAUCGUCCAUGAUAUUGCAUUCCAUCCACAACAUGGUACAUUGGCUACCGUCGGUUCAGAUGGUCGUUAUUCAUUCUGGGAUAAAGAUGCUCGUACCAAAUUGAAAACAUCAGAACAAGUGGAACAGCCAAUAACACGUUGUGCAUUUUCAGCGCGUGGUGAAAUAUUCGCCUAUUCCGUUAGCUAUGAUUGGUCCAAAGGACAUGAAUAUUUUAAUCCACAAAAAAAGAAUUAUAUUUUCUUGCAUGGUUGUUUUGAAGAAUUGCGACCAAGAAAAAAGAAUUGAGCACCACAAAAUUCCUUUGUCAUUCUCUUCACAAAUCACACAUUACUGAUUCCGAUAACAUAAAUAAAUAAAUAAAUAAAAAUCUUGACUAUUUGAA